UAACAUGGACCGUCAAGCUUGUGGAGUCUGUGUCAUUAAAGCAAAACCUUCCCUGUACCGGUCAUAACACUUUGUAAAACUACGCUUUAGAGAUGAAGUUGUGCAGUAAGAGUAAAUUUCGACACUACACAGUUUCCGGUUCUGAAACCUUUCACCACAUAGCCGUUGAACGCACCCCUGUUCCUGUGUGACUGCCAACCAUAAAGUCCUGGAAACACAUCGCUGCUGCUCUUGUUUGUUGAACUGUUUGGCUGGAUCAAGGUAACAACAUCUACAUCACCACACCAACUGAAUACAAUUAACAAAAUGCACUUGUAACGAACUGUGAAACGAGAAGACCUCUUGAUUGUUGUGUCGCUGUUGUCUGCAUGGUUAGCUGGUCUGGCAAUUUGUCAAAUGGAUCAAACUGAGUAUGAGAUCCCAGGACUGAUCAGCAUACCAGAGGUUGGGAGUGGUUCAAAUUCCAGCUGCCAUUCAGUUUAGACCUACCCAAAUGCCCUGAUAUUUCCCUGGUGGAUUCAGUGGUGGUCACAUUUAGAUCUAUUUUGGAUAUCUUUAUUACCAUCUGUAGUCAUGCCCUGAUCUGCAACAAUUUCCUUUAGCUUUAUGUUCUGCUUUUUCUGGUUCUUCUGGUUUUUGCCAGUCAUCCUACUAAUACUGAACUCGAACUUGGAGCUCCAGUCCACACAACACACUUACAGGUUUAUCUUUAAUCCUAUCCUCUCAGUCCAUUCCACCGGCCUUAGUGGUGGUAGCCAACAUAGCUGCUGGACUACAGCAAUGCUUGGCUGUCUGCUGCGAGGUAGGAGCAUGUCUCAAAGGCUGAGUGUUUUUCUCUUACUCUUUGGCCUGGCCUGGUGCCUGCUGCUGCUGCAUUACACCAUUACACAGCCACGGCACCAAAGCAGUGCCGAACUCCGCCAGCAGAUACUGGAGCUGAGCCAGCGCUAUGUCAAAGCUCUCAGUGCGGAGAACAAUGAGCUUGCACGGCCACACAACCCCUCAAUGGCUGGAUAUGCUGAUCUGAAAAGGACCAUUGCCGUGCUAUUGGAUGACAUCUUGAACCGUUUGGUCAAGCUGGAGAACAGGCUGGAUGCUACAGUGAACACCUCAGUGCACAGCCCUUCUCACAUGACAGGGACUGUCAUACACAGAUCCACUAAACAGAAUGAAUCAGGCACAAACACUCACAGCAGUCAGCUGCAGCCACAGCCACUGACGUAAUCUGGGAGCUAGUGGCUUAUGGGUGGCACCAAUGACUCUACGGUUGCACCAUGACUCCAAGACUGAUAUGUUGUCUGUCGGUGUGUGUGUAUAGUGUAUAUAAUUUUUUCCUAUUAUGGAUGUAUCCAAAUAUGAAUACAUUAUUCAUAUUGUUGAAUUGAACAGAUAAUGCGUCCUAAAUUAAAUCUGUAUACAGAUCCAAAUUGUAGGCAUAUUUUUGUUAUUAUUAUUAUUUGUUUUUUGUUUUGUUUUUUAAGAAAGGUUGCCAACUUGCUUCAGACUCUGUAUCCAUUGGUACUGCGACUAUCCCAAAAUUUUUAGGCAUGUGAAAAGUGUCUAACUUUUCCUUUCUUAGUCUUUUUGUGGAAAACAAGUUAACGGGUAUGCUAAUUUCUGAUUUGCAGUACACAGCCAUUAUAUGAGGAACCUGGCAACCAUGCUCCAAGGACAUAGUUCAUUUAUGUGAAACAAACAGAAGGUGCAGUAUUCAUAUUUUACCAAACCGGAAAUAAAUUUGAUAAAAUAUUAUUAGAUGGCUAUUGUUGUCAAAUGUAAACAAGAGUUUCUUGAUUUGGGAAAGACAUCACUGCUUUGAAAUAGCUACUCGGCCACAUUAGAUAGAAGAUAUAAAGCUUGUUGGAAAGCUUAUACAGGGUGUGCAGAUCAGGAAUUGAAUAAAGUUAUGUUCUGCAAAUUGCUAUUUGUUGUUAGAAUUUGUGAAUUAAAAAUGACUUAUUAUUCCAGCA